AUGGCUGGUUCCAAGACAUGCGAAUCCAAAGUCUCUGGAAUUAGUGACGAGAGUCCCGAAUUCAAGACAUCUGGUACUUUCAGAGACCAUGAUGAGAGCACGCAUGAACAUCACCAGUGCUUGGCAAGGCAGGAACGCUUGCUCGCCAAAUUUCUCAGCGGUUGUAUCAUCUUCGCAGUGGUUUUAAUCUUUUACAUGGUGUUGUUUGUGGUGAUUGCACCUGCAAAUGAAGUUGGCAACAUGUCGAAGAAGACGACUGGACACAGGGCAGCCACGGAGACCGUCACAGCAACCCAAACCUCCACGACAACCAUCACGACUGGCAUCACGGCAAUCCUUCCCACGAAAACGAGAACGAGCACUGUUACUGUCACUGCCACUGCAACGCCCACUCCGUCGGCUCAGCCAGAUGACACCCACUACCCUUUGACGUCCCAUGGAACGCAGUCCGACAUCGACUGGCUCUCAAAUACCAUUUUCGCCCCGAUCCCCGCGGAGAUCUUGACGCCGCCCAAGAGAGUCAUAGACGGCUACUUCGAUCACAACUACUGCGGAAACUCACUGCGUCCUUUCGACUUCACCAAGAGCAAGCCCAUGAAUCCUACGGAGCUGCAGCACCAGAUCGGAGCCAAGAUGCUGCCGAUCAGGGAGGGACGUUACGUCGGCGACAGACACUUCGAUAUCAAUAUCGACCUCAGAGUUGGAGCGGAGAAGGCCAAGGAGCACAAGCAGAAGGUCUGCGGCAUGCUUCGCAAGUCUGGGGGUGGAUUCAUCCUGCGCAAGAUUGGAGGAAGGGAAGGCUACUCGUACGAAGCCAUUCUUGACGACAACGCAAUCGUGGAGAUUGCAAAGAUGGAGGAGGUUUCUGCGGUCUUUCACCACCAAGUCCCGCGGGAUCGUUUCCGUAGCAAGGAGUAG